CAGCGGCGUAAGGAGACGUUUAAAGAUGGUGGCCUCCGCGUGAAGAGGGUUUCGCUGAGGCGGGGAGACAGUGAGUGAAAAGCCGCGGCUGAAGAGGCGGCCGCUUUCCCUCCCUCACGCCGGCUCGGAGCUAGGCGGACGCGGAAGAGACCCGGAGGAGCAGCUGAGACCGGGCGGGCAUGGCUCAGGAUGAAAGAAAUGAAGGAGAUCUACAACACCCACGGAAGAAGCUCUUAGCUUGGACAUCAGCUAUUUAAGCUGAAUGCAUUGUGAUUUCCAGUAAUUGAGACAGUGAUUCUGAAAGCUGUCCACAUUAAUGAAAAGAGCAAUGUAGUCAGCUUAACUGAAUCAUCAGUGUUGCCUUUUGAAUAAAGCACGACCCAUCCUCUCUGGAGGGACUUCUGCAUGUGAGGAUCAUAGAUUCCUACAACCCUUUCCUUUAAAACUUGGUGGGUUUGUUAUUAUUUCCCCCCCCCCGCUCCUUCCCCUCUGGGUAAGUUUUAGCGAUGGAGAAUUGUGAGAACACACCUCCCCUUCCAAAAGAGCCAGCCAGCACUGAAGUGAACAUGGAGAGCCCUUCUUGUCCCCCACCACUGCCGCCCAACGAACAGCCUCCACCACCUCCCCUGCAAACGUCCAGUGACGCAGAGGUAAUGGACGUUAGCUCCGGUGGUGAUGGACAGUCAGAUACCCCUGCUGGGGACGCCCACGCUGGCAACGGGACGCAGCUCCUCACCAAGGGAUCUCCGUGCUACCAAAGUCGUCUUAUCAUAGAUCCUUAUAGUGGCCAAAGCCCAAGAACUGCUCGCCACGCGCCCUCCGUUAGGAAGUUCAUUCCCAGUCUUAAGUUGCUUAAAGAUGUAAAGAUUAGCGUUAACUUUACCGAGAGCUGCAAAAGCAAAGACAGAAAAGUGCUAUACACUGGAGCUGAGCCAGAUUAUGAGGCAGGGGUAGAGUUAGGGUUUCGCGGUGUCAAUGGGGAUUUGCAUGCUUGCCCUCUCGGUGCGGGUAGUGGCCCGGCGGCUCAGGUAGCCAGCGAAAAGGAGGAGGCCAAGGAUGAGGACAACGAGGUAGAUCAGGAAAAGCGAGUGGAAUAUGCAGUGUUGGAUGAUUUAGAAGACUUUACAGACAAUUUGAUGGAAAUAGAUGAAGAAGGAGGGUUUGCAUCUAAGGCGAUCGUUCAGCAAGACAAAGCGGACGAAGAAACCUUGCACUAUUCUUAUGAGGAUGAAUUUGAUAAUGACGUGGACGCUCUGCUGGAAGAGGGCCUUUGCGUUCCCAAAAAAAGGAGGAUGGAUGAGAAAUACGGAGGGGAAAGCGACCAUCAGUCUGACGGAGAGACCACUGUGCAACCCAUGAUGACCAAAAUAAAAACUGUUCUUAAAAGUCGUGGUCGCCCUCCUACAGAACCGUUGCCUGACGGAUGGAUCAUGACAUUCCACAACUCGGGUAUCCCAGUCUACCUACACAGAGAGUCUCGCGUGGUCACCUGGUCCAGACCUUAUUUCUUGGGAACAGGAAGCAUCAGGAAACACGACCCUCCUCUGAGUAGCAUUCCUUGUUUGCAUUAUAAAAAAAUGAGAGAAAACGAGGAAAGGGAACAAAGCAAUGACAUCACCCCAAGCAGGGAGGUUUCACCCGUAAAGCUGACGGAGAAAUCCCUGGAACUGGAUUCUCAAACAGAGGAGCCGGACUCUACUGCAGCCGAUUCCGGAAUGUUGGAUGAGAAAGAUCCAACUGGGGGAGACGCAGCCCAAGGAGCUUUGGGACAAGUGAAGGCCAAGGUGGAAGUGUGCAAAGAUGAAUCAGUAGAUAUUGAGGAUUUCCGACACUACCUGGAAAAAUGUUUCGAUUUCGAGCAAGUCACGGUGAAGAAGUUCCGAACCUGGGCCGAGCGGCGGCAGUUCAACCGGGAGAUGAAGAGGAAGCAGGCGGAGUCUGAGAGGCCCAUUUUGCCAGCCAAUCAGAAACUCAUUACGCUGUCUGUCCAAGAUGCACCCACAAAGAAGGAGUUUGUUAUUAAUCCCAAUGGGAAGUCUGAAGUUUGUAUACUUCAUGAAUAUAUGCAACGAGUGCUGAAAGUACGGCCUGUUUACAAUUUCUUUGAAUGUGAGAACCCAAGUGAGCCUUUUGGAGCAUCAGUUAUUAUUGAUGGAGUGACUUACGGAGCAGGGACUGCCAGUAGCAAAAAACUUGCCAAGAAUAAAGCUGCCCGAGCUACUCUGGAAAUCCUCAUCCCCGAUUUUGUGAAGCAGACCUCUGAGGAGAAGCCCAAAGAUAGUGAGGAAUUAGAGUAUUUUAACCAUAUCAGUAUCGAGGAUUCACGGGUGUACGAACUGACCAGUAAAGCUGGACUCCUGUCUCCAUAUCAGAUCCUUCACGAGUGCCUUAAAAGAAAUCAUGGCAUGGGUGAUACAUCCAUAAAAUUUGAAGUGAUUCCUGGCAAAAAUCAGAAGAGCGAAUAUGUUAUGACUUGUGGGAAGCAUACUGUGCGGGGGUGGUGUAAAAACAAAAGAGUUGGAAAGCAACUAGCUUCCCAGAAAAUCCUUCAGCUUCUUCACCCACAUGUGAAAAACUGGGGUUCUUUAUUGCGCAUGUACGGCAGAGAAAGCAGUAAGAUGGUUAAGCAGGAAACAUCUGACAAAAGCGUGAUAGAACUUCAACAAUAUGCCAAAAAGAACAAGCCCAAUCUGCACAUUCUGAACAAGUUACAAGAGGAAAUGAGAAAAUUAGCACAAGAACGGGAGGAAACGCGAAAGAAACCCAAGAUGACAAUUGUAGAAUCGGCUCAGCCUGGCAGUGAGCCUCUGUGUACUGUGGAUGUGUGACGGGAAAGAUUAGGAACUGGAGCAAUAAAACAAGUGGCGAAAGUUAGGAAUGGCUUUUUUCAGUUUUUACUUUGUCAACAGUUUGAAGGAGAAAUUGGUUUGCUUCGGGAAACAACCUAACCAUCAAAGCUGCUUCCAAUGUGCAUUGUGCGUUUGCCUCAGGGUGAUAAUGCUAAGUUUUGUGUGUGCUUCCCAAAAUGAUGUUAUUCAAGAGGGCAAAAAAAAAUCUCCCCAGCCGUACAUUUAGAGAAGCAGACGCGGGGUUGUUCCCCUGGGCCAACUCAACUCCCCAUCCUUUCCAAAAGAAAGGAGUGUUGCCUUUGAUAGAGAUGCUUAAGAAUUAAAUGCAGGGUGUUCAUUUAAAGAGCGGAACGAACGUGUAACCCAGGAGAGCAUAGUUCUUCCUGCUUUUAGGAACACUGCAGACACUUGUUUUCUGAAAGGGUUUCUUGUAUUUCCGCACAAAAUAAGCACUGGUUGCAGCCUCUUGACAGCUACAUUGCAGGAAAGACACAAAAACGUGCAUCACUCUAUGCCCUGCUGAGUUAGGCCAGUAGGAUUGCUUCUCAAGUGAAUUUUCGCAGGCUUAGGAUUUUUAGCAUGGAUCCAGUGAUUAUCAGAGAAGAACUGAUUGUAUGCAGCUCUUGAGGUUUCCAUUCUUUUAAUUGCUCCAUUUAAAACAAAGACUAACAUAGGAAGCUGUGAUUGUAAGAUACAUUUCAGUUUCUCUUAGAUGUAACCAACGAAACUUUUGGCAUAAAGGUGAGCCAAGCAUCACUGCUCUGAAACCUUUCUUCAUGCUAGUAGGGCUCAUAAUAAUGUUUCCUCACAGUUUGCCAGAUUAACCGUGAAUGUAGCAGCAGUGGUCGGUAAGGUUUCAUAUUUUAUCACGUUAGUUAAAGUUGCAACAUCUAGCAUUUAUAUUCCCCGCCAGGAAAAUCACUGGAUACCUUUCAAGUCAAGAUUUUUGCUUUUUUUUUAUGUGACUGCCUUUUUCAUUUUUAUUGCCUGUUUUAGUACUCGCAAAUCUGGCUUUGGGAACUAUAUGAAUGUAAAGCGAAAUGCAUCAGAGAUGUAUCUCUAAAAAGACCGAAGUAAAUUUCUGUUGUUGAAGUAAAGAAUAUGUGUGAAGAUGUAAACGUUUUCUGUUCUGGUCCAUGGUUAUAGAAGGUUCGAGAAGCAAAAACUACUG